AUUCAAAUAAAUUUGUAUCAAAUAGAGAACAUAACCUAUUUAAACAAAGCACCGUUGAAAUAAAUAAUAAGUUGUAGGAUUCAUAAAGGUUACCAGAUGAUGACGGUUAAACAUAUGGCAUACAUCACAAUGAACUGACUGGCCGUUGUGUACAAAGCUGUAUCACCGCAAGCACGAAAUAUAAAAAAAAUGUUACAUUAAAUUUAAACUGUCAAUAAAAACAAGUUUGUAAAAUCAUGGACGAAAUCUGGUUUCAUCUAUCAAGUCAAUUUGAAGCACUUCAGGUUCAAACAUCGGUAGUUGUACAACAAGGGCAACAAUGGAUCGCAACAUUUUUAACACAUGCACAUCAAUUUCUUCAUGAAUUAAACUACCAAUUCAUGCAAAAUGCAGAUGAUGUCAUGCAACGUGUAUUUACUUGGUUUCAAAUAGUUUGGGAACAACUGCAGAGUCAGUAUUAUAACUCAUAUUUCAAUAUCAAAACAUUUUAUCGACAAAUGAGAAAUGAAUUUCAUAAUGAAGUCUCAAAAAGAGAACUAGGAUUUUGUCUAGCAGGUAUAGCUAUAGGUACUAUCAUUGGUUAUUACAUAAGAAUUAACUGGGGGUAUGGCUCUCAUCAUAUGCAUUCUAUAAGAGCUAUUAUAUGCCAUCACUAUAUUGGUAUUGAGGGAGUGUCCAUGAUACAUGACGCAGAAAUGCCUAUGAUUAAAAAAUCUAAUGAACUAUUGAUACAAGUUAAAGCAGCCUCCAUUAAUAUUGUCGACACAAAAAUUUGUUAUGGCUAUUCCAAAACUUAUAGAAGACUUCUUAAUUCUGGAAGACAUAGGGAACUCCCAGUAAUAUUAGGCAGAGAUUGCACAGGGAAAGUGAUAGGUAUCGGACAAAGUGUUAUUAAUUUUGAUAUUGGAGAUGAAGUAUUAUUAGCUGUACCUUCAUGGGCUCCUGGUACAAUGGCAGAAUACAUAGUUGUCCCAGAAACUUAUGUUGUUAAACGACCGAAGUAUUAUAGUUUUGAGGAAUGUGCCAGCCUUCCCUAUAACGGAUGCUUAGCUUGGGAUGCCUUAAUUAAUAGGUCUACGAUCGAAGAAGGCAAUGCAAAAGGAAAAAGAGUACUAGUAUGUGGUGGAAAUACUCCAGUUGGUUGUAUUUUAAUACAAUUAGUUAAACUGUGGGGUGGACAAGUAGACAUAAUAUGCAAACCAAACGCAGUUCCUAGAGCAAAAGCAUUAGGGGCCAAUGAAAUCAUAACUUUAAAUGGCUCAAAUCUCGAAAAAGAGUUACUACUUUACGACAAAUACGAUGUUAUUUUUUAUACUGGCGGUCAACCAAUCGAUGAACGUAUACUAAAGCAACGCUUAGUACCUUAUGGUUCCUAUAUAUCUACACUCCCGGAACAGUUAACCUCCGAUUCGUUAGGUUUUCUGCUUGGAAGCAUAUUUGCUGGUUACGUACGAAUAAAACUGCUCAUACAGUAUAUACUUGGAUUUAAUUCAAGACAAUGGAAAGAUGGUUCUAAGCUUAGUGCAAUAUACUUGCAAGCAUUAUGCGACUUAGUCGAUGCUCAACAAUUACAAACAGUUGUCGAUAAAAUAUAUAGACCUUAUCAAAUUGAACAAGCGUUGAAUAGUAUAUUAGAUCCUGACGCUAUUGGUAGUAUUAUAAUAACAUUUCAGUGA